CGGAUAUACACAGAAAGGUGUUCUCGCGAACGCGAUAUCUCUCUUUUCCAUCGGAUCUCGCAAACAAAAAUUUACUGUUAGCCACCCCCACUCGUCCUCGUCGCGUAUUAUGCGUCACCCUAUAAUACGCGUCUAGUUUUAUGCCAAACUAGAGCGCGCCGUGCUAAAGAUAGGUCGUUGCAGGCAGGAAUCGGUGUGCAUCCAUUACCGGCGCAGGGAACAAGGGCGACCUUGGCCUUACGAGCUUAUAUAACGAGGAAGCGGCCGAUUCAUGAGCUCAGUCGUUUCGACGCGAUAUUCAAACCGAUCGCGAUCUACCAAACAGAACGCAUUUCCGGAUGCAUUUCUCUUUUUUUUUCUCUUCGUAUGCUCUAUAUCGAUUUAUACUCGAAACAUUAGAAUGCUCCUCGCGCUUUUCGCAAAAAGAGAACAAAUUGCAUCGCCAAUGCAUUACUGAAGCGUCUGUUGCUCAUUUUCCACGCCAAAGAUUUUCUUUUUUGCUCGAGCGCAAAAUUCUAGUUGAAGCGUUUUUCCACGCAAUUUCACAAGCCGGCUAAUUGUAAAUUAGCGGUCUCAGCAUUCGAAUUUUUUUCACGCUUUUUGCUGUGAAAUUAAUUUUCGUUCUAUUACGAUCGGAGACCACUCCACAACGUUGGAAACUUCCACGAGGUCGUUACAGAAAAUGCGAACGACACCGCUCGAGAUGGUAGUCGCUCGAUCGGAAAAAUAAAAGUGCCAUUAAAGGAGCGCGCGCGCUGCUGCAACUGAUCGACUGACCGGCGGCCGCAGUGGGGAUCUCUCCGCCGCGCUGUGGAAAAUCAACGUCUCUUCUUGGCAGAAACGGAGGUAGCCCGUGGGUGGCAGUGGCGGCACGACAGAGUCACAGAGAUCGCGAGGCUCUUCCGCUUUUUUGACAGAUGCGAGCGUCAGUGCCGCGCGACGCGUCGCAGUGCCCGUCAAGUGAGGUCAAGCAUUGUUUACGACAUUGUUUACGCAGUGUUCACCCGUUCGCAUUUGUUCCAUGCAAACGACGUUACGUGAAGCUCGUUGGACAAAAUAUCUUCGGCGAAGAGUAUCGUAAAGUCGUAUUACUUUAUAACGACAUCGAGCGUGCGGCAAAAUGCAGCAAAAUCCUGACGAAACGAAAAUUUGGCAUUAACCAUGCACUUAACGCCUCAACACUUUAGGUCCGCGUUUAUUCUCUGACCAUGAGAUCAUCGCAGAACUGACAUAACUGGGUUGAAACGAUUCUGGCGAGCUCCGCCAGAAAAGUGAGAGCGGGUGAGAUUACGCAAUACCAACACUAGGUGACCCACUGGCACGGCGAUCACAAGGAAGGAUGGUCAAUUUGAUAUUGCUUCUUUGGGCGUUGGUCGGCCUAAUUGGCCGAGUGCACGGCAUAUGCAACUUCACAUCGAUUGCCGACAACGAUCGGUCGAUCGCCUACGCGUGCAGCCACGUUGACCUGAGCAAUCUCAACGAACUGCCCGACGAGACUGAGUGGAUCGAAUUCUCGGUGUCGCGCUUCCACACGAUUCCCGACGACGCGUUCCACCGAUUCUCAAAUUUACGUCGCCUGUCUUUUUACAAUUGCCACGUAAAUUUGAUCGAACCCGCGGCGUUUCGCGGCCUGAAUCGACUUGACUGGCUGAUUUUCCAUGGCACGAAGAUCCACGCGGUGAGGUCCGCGUGGUUCCGUCACGUGCCGAAUAUCAGACGACUGAUCCUAGACAGAUGCGGUCUGGUGCACGUCGAGCCUGACGUUUUUCACAUGUUACCGCGACUGGAGACCCUGGACUUGCGCGACAAUGACCUCGAUUGUCUGUCGGUGGAGGAGCUGUCAUAUCUGACCGCGCUCAGGACCGUGCGCAUUGACGGCAACCCGUGGUUGUGUGAGUGCCGGCUAAGAAUGGAGAGGUUCUUUCGCGAGAGAUCGAUCAUCCAAGAGAUUGAGUGUAGAUUUCGACCGAGGAUCUGCACCGUGCAUCGAAAUACGCAGUGCAUGACACAGAUCGAAAUACCGCUUCCACCUCCGACGACAACCAUCGAACCGAUAGAUUUCGAGGAACGUUCCGGCAACCGCUUCCAGAUAAGCGCGUUGACGUCACUGGACCGUCUGCCGGACAGGACUACGUGGAUUCAAAUCGUGGGUCUGGGGAUCGACCGUUUGCCCGCGUACGCGUUCUUCCGUUUCGGCAACAGCCUGCGCAGUCUGGAUCUGCGGGAUUGCUCGAUCGGCGCGAUCGAGCCGGGCGCGUUCGCCGGUCUGCAUCAGCUGCAACGGCUCACGCUCGUCGGCAACCGGCUGCCCGCGGUUGCCGCCCAUUGGUUCGGCGAUCUCGUUGCGCUCCGCCAAUUGGUGCUCGCGCGCAACGGCAUCGAGCACAUUGAGCCGGAUGCUUUGCGCCCACUCGCCGGCAACUUGCGCCAUCUGGAUGUGCGAUACAAUCGACUUCGUUGCCUACCGUUGGACGAGCUGGCACAUCUGAGGCACCUCGAACGACUUGACAUCAUCGGGAACCCGUGGUACUGCGAGUGCCGCAGGAAUCUGCAAAGAUACCUGAUGGAUCGUAACGUGGGAUUUGACAUCACCGCUGAUCGCUGUUACGAAGAGAACGAAGUUAUUGAACCGACCGACGGAUGGCAACACCCGCAAGUAACGACUCCGAUUACCCACGGUCACGUAUAUUGGACCACUUUCGAUGACACUUUGAGCCAAAGAAACAUCACUGUAAUAAGACCGAUCGGUGAAGUUCCCACAGAGAGACCGGUUCACAGGGGUACUUGCGUACGAGACAAGACUCAAGUGUCGCGGCAAGUUUUCACGUGCAGCGGCAUCACCGAGCUCACCGAGCUGAAUGUUUUACCUCACUCAGCCCACGCCAUUCGCAUCGUUCUUUCAAAUCUGAAAACGAUCCCAACGCGAGCGUUUGCCCGCUUCGACGGCUGGCUGUCCCAGCUAGAAUUACGCGAUUCCAAUAUCGAGACGAUCGAGCAUCGCGCCUUCAUCGACCUGCAUAAUCUGGAGCGCUUGUCACUGCACAGUAAUCAGCUGAAUUCGGUGACAUCCGAGGCAUUAGAGGGCCUCACAAAUCUACGAUACCUGGACCUCUCGCGCAAUCACAUCUAUCGUAUUCCCAACGAGGUCAUCGACACACUGCCGCAGCUGCACGUUCUGGAUGUAUCCGAGAACUACAUGAACUGCCUCGGCGUAGAGCAUAUGGCGCGCAAGAUGCCGCAUCUGUAUUCUCUCAAAGUAUCGGACAAUCCAUGGAGUUGCCUGUGCGGCAUCAAGCUGGCCAGUUUCCUAGACUCUCGCAAGAUACCGUAUAAUCGCGAUUCUCUAUUUGACGUGAACGACGACUGUUAUGUCACCACGUUGCCGACGACGCCUCCCACAACGGCAGUGACAACUUACACCCCAUUGCGAACUACCACGACCGAGCCACCCUCGAUAGGCUUCUACAACGAGACCUUGGAAGGUUCCUGCUUUAAAAUUCCUGAGUCCACGGAACCACGAUAUCGCUGUGUGGGUGGCAAUCUAAUAUUGCUGAAAAACGUACCACACAACGCCGUUUACAUCGAAUUCUACGAGGGUCAUUUGCCCGUCCUGCCGGCCAAUGCUCUCUACAAUUUUCGAAAAUUGCAGGAGCUAAUCAUCAGGAACUGCGGUCUGAGAAUGAUCUCGCCUGGCGCUUUUCGGGGUCUGGACUCUCUGGAACGGCUCACCAUUCAGAGUAACCCAAUGACGUCGAUUGAGGCGAACUGGUUCAACAUAGAACGUCUCGAACGACUGGAUCUACGCGGUAAUUCAAUCCGCUACAUCGCACCGGGCGCUUUCCGCCAUCUGCGCAGGCUGGUCUACCUGAAUCUCGAGGGCAACGAUCUGCAGUGCAUCUACACCAGCGAUUUUCAGGAUAUGCCAAAUCUGCACAUCGUCGAGUUUGCCGGCAACCCGUUGAAGUGGCGCUGUCGCAUGGAUCUGGAGCAGUUCCUCGAGAUUCAGAAGAUUAAGUUCGUUAAAGUGGAGAAUUCGUGCGAGGGCAAGAAGAUCAUGAAAAAUCUUCUUUAUCAGAAUCGGACUGUCGAGCUGGAAUGUCCACCGGGUUGUUCGAUGGCGAGCAAUAUCGAGCUGGAAAAGAGCUCGACAUUGGCAUUUGUAUUGUUCUUCGCGAUACGGAUGUAUUAGUUGUUUGGCAAAUAAGAACAAAAGUAAGACCAGAAUUAAGAUACUCAAAGACCUUGUCUUACAACAAGUGAAAUAGUUUUUGAGGUUCAGUCAUCAUUGGAAGAAUUAGGAAAAUUACAUUCGGAUAUUAAGCAAUAAUAUAUCGGUACAAUUCACGAAACACAAACUAAUAAUGUAACAUUACAUCAAAAUUAUAAUUUCCCAUUUACAACAUAAAUGUAAUAUAACACUUGUUAUACAUAACAGUUAUGUACAUUAUUGAGUAGGAAAUUAUAAUAUAUUGAUGUAAUAUUGUUAGUUUGUGUUCCGCGAAAAUAUAUAGAUGUGGUAGUGAUUUUGAUAAUCAACGGAGUUCUGAAAGUAAAGUUGCCUUUGUAGUAGGCGAGGAUAGAUUUGGUAUUGUUAAUGUUGUCAUUCAAUGUGUUCAUACCGCGAAAGCGCUUAUAAACUAAUAAAUACGUAUAUUUAUUUUUUUGGAACGCAUAUAUAUAUUUAUAACUUAUAACUUUAAACCCUUCGAAGUUCUCGUAAUAUUGCGUAUUAGAUAAUAUCAUACAUGUACAUAGGAUAACGCUUCUCGAUCUCUAGAUAUUUCGUUAAAUUGCUUAGAUUGUUAGUACCUGUUUGUCGCACGCUGUACAAUUAUGGACAUCGUCGUCAUAUCAGAAAUAUUGCAAUUGAAAUGCAAUAAAGUAUCGACGA